ACACAGUCGUUGAUUAGCGCUCGUCGCGUCGAGUUCGCAGUCGCAGUCGCAGUUGAAUUCCACAGAGUCGAAGACGUCAAUCGUUCGUACUUUAAGUCAAACGUCGGUUGAGUGUUACACCCAAAAGUGUGUUUGCCAAGUGUCAGAAGCAAAGAAAAGAACGCAUUGCAUAAGAAAGCAAUUAGAAGCAAAUAAGUCGCGUGCGCAGACAAAGCAUGUCCAGUGCACAAGUGUCACAGCCGCCGCCGCCCACAACGCAGCAGCCGUCGCAGCAGCCCCAACAACAACAACAGCAGGCGCCACAUAUUAGCCAGCUGCUCAUCAGUCACAUUGCAGCCGCACAGCAUCAACAAAGCCGUGCCACAACAACAACGCCACCAGUUGCCAACGAUUACGAUCAGAGUAGCAACAACUCGACGUUGUCGCCUUCGCCACGAUCGAGUGGCAGCCACAGUCCAGCGGCAGCAGCAGCCGCUGCAAGUCCCACACACUCCUCGGCAACCACAGGAUCACCGCACAGCGCCUACGCCCCAACACACAGUCCAGCUGCAGCUCAAGAGGCAGUUAUCCAAGAGCAACAAGCUCUUCAACAUCACCAGUUGCAAUCGCAAUCGCAGUCACAUCUUGCAACAGGCAUGCCGCUGCUUGUGGCACCCAUUCCCAUGGGUCCAGUUGGUGCACCGCCAACGCAUCAUCCACACGCUGCACCGCCACAUCCGCGUCUCUAUGUAGAAGGCGGCUUUGCCCCCCAUCAUAUGCCACAUUCCGCUCUAGUCAACGGCGCUUAUCCGCUGCCCCGUUUGCCACUUGCCGCCGUCAUGUUGCCCGCCAAUGCGCCACAAGCUGCACCAGCCACAGCUGCCGUUCCGCCUCCUCCGCUGCCCGUUCCCAUUCCCGUGUCCAGCUGCUCGCCUCCCUCGACGGGCACCGCGUUGCAACAAGCGCAGAGUCAGCCAAAGAAAUCGUUUUGCAUCGAUGCGCUGCUCGCCAAGAAUCAACAUCAGCAGUCAGCCAGCGAAAGACAACCUGCAGCGGCUGCUGUCGACAUGAUUGUCGAUGAUCAUCGCUUGGCCGCCUUGCAUUAUGCCCGCGAUCAGGCGGAACUCAAUCACGCCUUCGUUGCUGCCUCGAAUGCGGCUGCCGCAGCCGCUGCCGCCGGCAUCAGCGAUCAUGAGGCUCUGCAGCGGAUACGCGAGUCGCGGGAAUACGAUUCACCCAGUCCCGACGGCAUGUCCAGAUCUGAAUCUCCCAGCUCAUCGCAUCGCUCCAGUCCGCCUAUCAGCCCCGGCUGCGAAGAUCAACAGCCGCUGCCCGCGCAUCAUCAUCACGCCCAGCAUCUGGGCAUGCGAAUGUCCGAUCUACACGAUGAGUUCAAGAAACCCGUGCCACCACACAGUCCGAUCAGACCGCAGGACUUUCCUCUCUAUGCCGGCGGACAUCCUUAUCAGCUGCUAGCGCAAGGUGGCUCUGCUUUCCAUCGGCCACUCGAUCCCUCUGGGAAACCCAUACCGAUCCCCAUGGGUCCCAAUUUCAUGCCUUCCCAGCUGCAGUUUGAGUUCCUGGCACGCGCUGGCAUGCUGCAUCAUCGCAUACCCGAGCUGGCCGCGUAUCCGCAUCAUGCAAUUCUGGGCAAGACGCGGCGUCCACGCACCGCGUUCACUUCACAGCAGCUGCUCGAGUUGGAGAAACAGUUCAAGCAGAACAAAUACUUGUCGCGACCCAAACGCUUUGAGGUUGCCAGUGGAUUGAUGCUUUCGGAGACGCAGGUUAAGAUCUGGUUUCAGAAUCGACGCAUGAAAUGGAAGCGCUCGAAGAAGGCACAACAAGAGGCCAAAGAACGUGCCAAGCAACAGCAGCAACAACAGCAACAGAGCAGCUCGAAUUCGAACUCAGCAUCGGGAAGUUAGUUUGUUGGGAAGCGAGGAGAGAGCUGAAACUGAAAAGCAUUUCUAGUCAACCACAUCGAACAACCGUCCACCUGGUGAGACACCCUGUAUGCGACACCC